AUGCAAUGGCACGCCCUCUGGUGUCAUACUCAACCUAGGGACAGUGUUCGAAGCGUGGUACAAAAGCGGACCGUGGCGUUCGGCGCGCGUCAAUCCUCCACGCUCGCCCGUGUUUUAGUUCGGCAUGAUUGUGAGACUAGUGGCAAUUCUCUCGGCGCGGUUUCGACUGGUAAUUUCCCGACUCUCUUGCACUACGAGGAGGAUGCCGUAGGAGGUGUAGCAGAAGGCCUGGCCAUCACCUUGAUUCUGGCCGGCGCCAUCGUCAGUGGCUGCCGUUCCUCGGCGCGCUUCACCGCUCUUAGGACACUGACAAGCUCGCUCGUCGGCUCGUUAUUAACUUCGGCCUCUGGUGACGGAUCCAGGGGAGGCGACGAUGAGCCUCCGCCGAUCAUUGAACAUCACCCGAACUGUCCGAGGACCGGCGGUGCCGCGGUCGGCCCAGCAUUCCUGGUGAAGAUCACGGGGCCAAGAGCCACCAUAAACGCGGCUGGCAGCGGAUAA